CAGAGCCCAUCAGAGUCCAUGCCGUGCGAUGAGCUGCUGUGGCUGCCAUGCGUUUGCCAACGUGGCUCGCAAGGCCCAAGUCGGGCGCCAGGAGACUCUGGUAGACCAGCUGGCUGCCUUCGGAGCACUUGGCGCUGGCAUGGUUCGAGAUGCUGCUGCUGCCCAGGUUUCUGCGGCAGAGCCAAAUGAGGCCUGGGAAGACAGAUGGCUGCGGUGGAACGAAGCGGCCGACCGGGGCGAGCAGAUGUGGUCAGCAGCCUUUCAGCUGGUCGAGGCCCUAUUGCAGGGAGCAGCGGAGCACGUGCCAGAGGCGAUCCACCGCGUGGAGCUGCGGGAAGGUGCUCUGCACGUACAGCUCUCUUGCGGGGAGUUGCUGGGAGAGUUUGCCACCCGCUCAAGGAUGGGUGCCCAGAUCCGUCUGGAGGAGCAGAUGUGUUUCAUGCUGCGCAUCCCGGAAGACUUGCAGACACAGCCGCUGACGGUUGAGGUGGAGGGCUUGGACUUCCCCGCUCUGCCUGGGGCUGUGCAGCUGCGGGAGGAGCUGGUGGAGACCCUGGGCCCCCGCUUCAGCAGGUCCACUGCCUUCGAAUGCUGGCAGCAACGCAAAGACCUGGAGUUCCCCUUGAGCAGCUCCAAGCUGCGAAGAGUGCACGAGUCGCUCGCGCAGUACCCUUUGCCCUCAUAUGUGGCGGAGAAAGCACUGUGGGGAUACCUCAAUGCGCCCCCUGGAGGUUGCAGUGGCGUGCGUAGCCUCGAGUUUCAUCAGGAGGGCGAUGGGAUUCGCGUGAGUGCCCACCGCAGGCAGCCAACGUGUGACAGUCUGAGGCAGCAGCUGGCCAUCAUCGAUGAACUCUGCGUCGAGGUGCUUCUUCAAGAUCGAUUUCUCGGAGAACAGUUUGCGCCCUCUUCGAUGAACUUUCUAGCUAUGACACAUGGCCACGCUGCUGGUCAACAUGGAGCAGAUCCAAAGAAGAUCGCAAAGCUCAUGUCAGCUGCAAAGAACUGGGGCCCAGGCAAAGACGGCUGGUACCAGUUCGACGAGACAUGGACUUGUGUGGACCAGAAAGACUGGCUGGGCAGGACUCUUGAGGAGCAAGGCCGCAUCGUGUGGCACAAGCCGGGCUUUCAGCUCACGUAGAGGACCUCAGCACAGCCUGAGACCAUUGACAGUCCCCUGUUUGCAGACGGGCUGGUAGCCACUGCGGAGUAGGCGCAAGGCUGACAGUGCCAGAUUCCGCCAUUCAGCCCUGAAGCAUCCUCAGCCCUGCAAUCUUGUUUUGACAAAGCAUCAAGCGUGUUGGCUCUCAUUAGCUUUGCCACCACUCUUGUGUUGCUGCGGUGAAGAGUCGCACGAGACAGAGCUUUCCAUCAGUCUUUUGGC